AAGGUUGCAGAAGAAAAGCGUGCAGCAGCUGCAAAGGCAAAAGAGGUGCGUGAUCAUGAGCGUGCUAAGGAACGCGCAGGCAUUGAUGCGCGCAAAGAGCAAAGACGCAAGAAUAAAGAGGCUUAUAACGCUGCAAAAGCUCUUGAAUUAUGCUAA